AUGGCGGAGAUUCGUGACAAGAGCGCCUUGUCCCAGCAACACGAAGACCAAGAGGUAUUGUCAUCGCAGCAGGAACACGCAUCACUGAAGCAGGAUCAGCGCGAGCGCCGACACCAGCGGUCGUCCAGGAAUAAGGCGCCGCGAGCCAGCGUGGCCAACACCCAGACGCAGGUAGCUAGCGUGGCCAACACUCAGCCGCAGGUAGCCAGCGUGGCCAACACUCAGCCGCAUGUAGCUAGCGUGGCCAACACUCAGCCGCAGGUAGCCAGCAUGGCCAACACUCAGCCGCAUGUAGCUAGCGUGGCCAACACUCAGCCGCAGGUAGCUAGCGUGGCCAACACUCAGCCGCAGGUAGCCAACGUGGCCAACGCUCAGCUGCAGGUAGCCAGCGUGGCCAACGCUCAGCCGCAGGUAGGUAGCAUGGUCAACGCUCAGCUGCAGGUAGCCAGCGUGGCCAACACUCAUCCGCAGGUGUUCGACGAGAAGGGCCCGUCAGAUGAUAAAGAUCGCGUGCUGCGCAACCUGCUCAUCGUCAGCAUGAGCUUCGUGCUACUCUUCACGGCCUACCUGUCGAUGCAAAACCUGCAGAGCAGCCUAAAUCCCGAGGCCGGCCUCGGAACCGCAUCGCUGGCCACCAUCUAUGUGGCACUCGUGUUGUCAUGCAUGUUCGUGCCCACGUACAUGAUCCGGCGGUUGGGCCUCAAGUACACCAUGGUCACGUCGGUGGGCAUGUACAUGCUGUACUUUGUGGCCAACAUGGAGCCCAGCUGGUACACGUUGCUACCAGCAUCGCUCUUGCUGGGCAUGGGCGGGGCGCCACUGUGGACUUCCAAGUGCGCCUACCUCACGUACCUGGCGCAGGAGUACGCCGACCAGGUGGGCGAGCUCGACUCGGCACCGUUCGUGGCCGGAUUCUUCGGCGUCUUCUUUAUGCUGUUCCAGACCACCCAAAUAUGGGGCAACCUGAUGGCCUUCAUUGUGCUGCGGCCGCCUAACUUGACGGAGGUGGCCGCCGACAUCGACCAGUGCGGCGCCUCGUUCCACCCGACCGAGGACUUGGCCAUGCUGAACCAGACCAACCUGGGCGUCGUGAGCCGCGUGCAGACGUACACGCUGAGUGGCGUCUACACGUGCUGCGUGCUGUCUUCCAUUGUGAUGCUCGUCGCCUUCCUGGACCCCGUGCGCAAGGAGGUGUCCGAUCCGAAUCCGCCCAUGCAGCUGCUCGUUGAAACGAUAUACCAUAUGCGGCGAGGCUACCAGCAGCUUAUCGUGCCGCUCACCAUCUACAGCGGCAUGCAGCAGGCCUUCUUUUCGGGCGACUUCACCCAGGCGUACAUCAGCUGCGCCUGGGGCGUCCAGUUCGUCGGCUUCGUCAUGAUCUCGUACGGGCUAACCGAUGCCACCUGCUCCAUGGCGUUCGGCUUUCUUGUCAAGCGUGUCGGCCGCGUGCCCAUUGUUUUGUUGGCGGCGCUGCUCAACGUCGCCGUCAUGAUUCUCAUGUACACUUGGAAACCACGUCCCUCAGAGGUGCACAACUUCUUCAUCAUCGCUAUGCUGUGGGGCGUGGCCGACGCGUCGUGGCAGACUCAGAUCAACUCCUUCUACGGCGUCAUCUUCGCCGACGCUCGCGAGCCGGCAUUCGCCAACUACCGGCUGUGGGAGUCCAUGGGUUUCAUCAUCAUGUUCGCCGUCCAAAGCCAGCUGCGCGUCUACGUCAAGCUUGUGGGGCUCACGGUGGCGCUCGUGCUCGGCAUGGUCGGCUACCUGAGCAUCGAGUUCCACAUGAGCAGAGAAAACGCGUCCCCCACGUAG